AUGGCAUACUUUGGAAAGGUUUUCACCUUGGAAAAAAAUGAAAAUUUUGAGGGAUUUAUUAACAGUUUAGGUUUGCCAAAAGAAAAAGUAGACAGCUACGUGAAGUCCAAGUCUUCCCAAAAAAUAGAGAAGGAUGGGGAUGGUUACAUUAUUACUUCUACGACUAGCCUGGGGGUUACAGAAAUGAAAUUUAAGCCGGGGGUGGAAUUUGAUCAACAAUUAGUUCCUGAGAUAGUAACAAAGAAUGUAAUUACUGUUGAUGGCGAUAAGUUUACCCAAGUGCAGAAGGCUGGUGGCAAAACUAUCACAUAUGUUAGAGAGUUCUCUCCAGAUAAUUUGGUCGUGACAAUUACUUCUGACUUUUGGGAUGGCGUAGCCAAGAGAAUCUACGUAUAA